AUGUUUUCCAAGAAAAAAAUACGUUCAAAUCAAAUAUAUAAUGUCCAAGGUCAAUCGUAUACUUUACUUAAUCAAAUAGGCUUUGGAAGAUUUGGAUCUGUUUGGACAUCGACAACACAAAAUGGUGAAUAUGUUGCUGUCAAAAUAGUUGAUUUUAAUCAUUCAGGAAAUAAUGCUAGUUUAAAUGAACGUCUCAGUUCUUUUAGAACUGAAAUUAAAAUGAUUAGUAAAAUGCGUAAUGAAAUUGAACAUGUUGUAAUAAUGUAUGGAUAUGAAUUUAAUCCACGAUAUGGUGUGGGUUUUAUAGUACUGGAAUUGGCAGACGAAUCAUUAAUAGAUAGAGUUAGAAAUCUUCAUCAAAGACAUUUAAGAACAAAAAUAUUUGAUCGUUAUGAUUAUAUUCCAUCAAAAGAUCGACAGGAAAUAUGGGUUCAAUUAAUGAAUAUUAUUCUUGCACUUCACCGACAUCGUAUAGUUCAUCGUGAUAUAAAACCAGCUAAUUUAUUAUUUUUCGGGCCAACGAUGAAAGUUAUUGAUUUUGGUAUAGCCCAAGAUGAACUUGCAGGAUACAGUGGAAAUCAGCGAGUAGCUGGUUCACAUCCUUAUAGUGCGCCUGAAUGUUUUCAUGGUCGAAUACCUAUUACAUCCAAAGCUGAUAUAUGGUCAGUAGGUGCUAUUUUAUAUUUUAUGACUUAUGGGAAAAGGCCUGAAUAUGAAACUCCACAACCACCAGUUGGUGUUUCGCCCACUCAUUCUUCUCUUGUUCAAGAUGUUCUUAAUCGUUGUCUUCAACGAAAUCCAAAUCGACGACCAGAUCAUCGCUGGCUUGUUCAACAUCCUUUAACAUAA